UUUUCUAUUCUACGAGAAAGAGAAGAAAAAGCAGGGGGGGAGACAGACAGAGAGAGAGAGAGAGAGAGAGAUAUAUGUGAUUACUAAAGUACCAAUAUGAUUUGAUUUAUUGUAUUGUUGGGUUGAAGCCAUUCACUCUGUUCUGGCAAUCACCAUCAUUGUCAACAUGUACAGCUUUGCUUGUUAAAACCAGUCUCAAUCUGUCUUUAUUCACUCACUCUCUUGUUGAUCCCUUCCAAGGCCACCCAUCAUUGGAUUCUUCUGCCUUCUGGGUUUGUUAGCAAGUUCUAAAAGAUCAGAGUUUUCAGUGUUCAAAACCCAAAGUUUUUUGCGCCCUGAUCUCUGUUUUCAUCUGGGUUUCUCAACAUUGUUCUUCGAAGAUGACCGUGGAGGAAAGUAGGGCAAGUUUAGGGACUGAAAAUGAUAAUUUUCCGGUGGGUUUGCGCGUUCUUGCGGUUGAUGAUAACCCGUCUUGUUUGAAGAUUUUGGAUCGUAUGCUUAGGAGCUGCCAGUACCAGGUUACAACAACCGGCCAGGCAAAAAUGGCAUUGAAAAUGUUAAGAGAAAACAAAAACAGAUUUGAUCUGGUUAUCAGUGAUGUGGAAAUGCCAGACAUGGAUGGUUUCAAGCUUCUGGAGCUUGUGGGUCUUGAAAUGGACCUUCCCGUCAUCAUGUUGUCAGGACACAGUGAUCCAAAGUUUGUGAUGAAGGGGAUUACUCAUGGUGCUUGCGACUACUUGGUAAAACCUGUUCGAAUUGAGGAGUUGAAAAACAUUUGGCAGCAUGUCAUUAGGAGAAAAAAAUUUGACUCCCAGCACCAAAACAGGUCCACGAAUCAAGACAAGGCCCACCAAGGAGAUCGAGAAGGUGGGCAAGGAUCUGCAUCUGCAGGUAAUGCAGAUCCAAAUGGGAAGCUCAGCAGAAAAAGAAAAGAUGAGGAAGAAGAAUGCAAAGAGAAUGGGCAUGAGAGUGAGGACCCAACUACCCAGAAGAAACCUCGAGUUGUUUGGUCAAUAGAGCUUCACAGGAAGUUUGUUGCAGCUGUUAACCAAUUAGGCAUUGAGAAAGCUGUUCCUAAAAGAAUUCUCGACCUUAUGAAUGUUGAAGGGAUUACAAGGGAAAAUGUUGCAAGCCAUCUUCAGAAAUACAGGCUUUACCUCAAAAGGAUAAGUUCUGUGGCAACCCAGCAAGCAAAUAUGGUUGCUGCAUUAGGCGGUAGUGAUUCCUCUUAUAUGCGCAUGAGUGCGCUAGAUGGGCUUGGUGAUUUCCGAACAUUGUCCGGACCAGGGCGGUUUUCCAGUUCUGCUUUGUCAUCAUAUCAAACUGGUGGGAUGCUUGGUAGAUUGAAUAGCCCUGCUGGUGUUAGCCUCCGCAGCCUGUCUUCUUCUGCACUGAUCCAACCAAAUCAUACCCAAAACAUAAGCAACUCUAUUUCUACCCUUGGGAAGUACCAGUCAGUUGUUUUACCUACCAACCAAAAUGCCGGUUUAUUUCAGGGGAUUUCAACAUCAUCUGAGCUUGUCCAGAAUAAGUGCACUCCCCACAUUACAGAGUUUAAUUCUCCUAAUGAUCCCGCAAUUUUUACAUCCGGCAGCACCUUAGACACUGGAGUAGCAGUUGAUAGUGGAAGUAGCUUCGGAGAUAAUAGGGUUCUGGUUGGUAGGCCAAGAAGCUCUCUACCUAAUUCCUCGACCAAUCCUUUGAUUGUAAUGGGAAAUCCACAACAAACACAAGGUGGGGGAGUGUUCAGUAACCAGUCCUCUUUCAAAGUGGGUGCUUUCAUUCCGGAGCAAGUUAAUACCGGCAUUAGUGGCUCUAGUAUUCUGGAGAACGGAAGAUGCAAUGACAACUGGCAGAGUACCAUCCUGCCAUCUUUUUCGUCAAAUCCUUUAUCGUCAAGGGAAACUUUUAACCAUGAUCGGCUGCCUCAUUAUGGCAUGAGAAAUAAUGAUUGUUCAACUAGCCAGCAAAUUCAUAAUGGGCCACUUGAAUUUUCUUCCACCAAUACAAGUUCUGUGACCAUGGAAGAUUUAAGAGGAGAAAUUCCAUGCCAAACAGGUUUGGUCAGUGAUGUUCAAAAUAUGAACCAUGUGACAGAACAGAGGUGGGGAGAACAUAGACAGGAUUAUACCCAACACUUCAAUCAAAAUUUCUGCACUUUGAACUCUAUUAUUCCUGCAAAUGGAGGCCCAUUGAGCCAGAAUGGUUAUCAAAAUAAUGGAGUCUUUCAUAGAAAGAUGGAUACAACCUUGAUUGGCCAAGCAAUUAACAGCGAUGUGUCAACUCUCAUGCCAGACAAUGGGAAUGAGAAAUCUGCUAUGGACUUAAAAUUGAGGUCCAGCAAAGACUAUCUUCUGGAGCAGACAAAGUUGCAAGGUGGCUUUCAAAAUGGCUAUGACUCCUUGGAUGAUCUAAUGAAUGCAAUGAUCAAACGGGAACAAGAAGGAACCAUGUUACCGGAUGGCGACUUUGGAUUCGAUGCUUAUCCUUUUGGAUCAUGUUUAUGAGACUCCCAUGGCUGUUGAUUCCUGGAGACUAGGGAGAUCGACAACAGCUGCGAAUUCACUCCAUCAGGAGUUUGUAGCAAUAUGUGUUUUCUUCAGCAUUCUCCUCUUUACUUUUCCCCUUCUCUUUAUGUGCACUCCUCAAUUUAUUCCUUGGUACCAAGUUUUCAUUUCAUGGUUGCAAUUACUAGUGCCGUGUAUUUUUCAUCCAGUUCCUUCAGUAUCUCAGAGAAGUCCCUUUGUUCCUGUUGAUGCAAAAAUGACUUGAGGAUUUCUUAAGCCAUGGAAGAAUUUUCUUUUAGUUUAAGUAGAGUUCCUAUCGUUACAACAACCUAUAAGCAAUUUCAAUCUUCAUCCAUUUCUAUAUAUAAAGGUGACUGUAAAAAUGCCAUACAUUUCAGGGGCGAAGUACAAUUGAGUGUAAAACACAAGGGUAUGAAAUGUAAUUAACCCUUCUGGUUUUUGAAACUUCCAGUUAUAACAUGAAUUAGAUUCCCAUUUCCUGCCAAUGGCUAUAUGCUGGUAAACUAAAGUGUCACUUUUCAUAUUUCAUAUAGUUCCUGCUUGCAAAAGGUGUCUGCCACUAAUCUCUUCCCACCCAGAAAAGAACCCAUUCUUGCAAUGAUAUCUCUCUUCCAAUCAAAAUUAUUAUUCAUGUCUUGAUGUUGCUUAAGAUCCUCUAAUAAUGGUAAAAUAUGUCUUGAGUUUGCAGUGAAUGCAGAGAUCACUUCCAAGGAUUCACUCGGUUCAUCAGCUUGAGAGUGGAACCAGGACGGGAAAAAAAAAAACAGAAACUUUACUUCACUCAGAAAAAUUAAAAUGAAAGGAAAAUGCAAUUUACCCUUCUGAUAGAAAGGAAAACAAAGCCCUCAGGCCCUUUGGAUUUGGAUACAAGUAGCCCUUUGAUUGUCAAGAAACAGGCAUAGGAAAAGAAGAUGAAGAUUAAAGAUCUCUUGUGUAAAAAA